AUGCGCGACGCGCACUGCGCAGUCGCACAACAACCCCAUUUCCAUCUUCUUCUUCUUCUAACCCCCUCCACCACUGUUGCUCCGCCGGCAGCCACCGCCGGACGGGCAACCCCACCUUCCCUCUCCUCCCUCCUCUUCUCCCUAUCACCACCCCCCAUCCCCGAUUCCUCCCUUCUUCCUCCCACUUCGGCCGCCACUGUUGCUCCACCGGCAACCACCACCGGACGGGCACCCUCUUUCCUUCUCUCAUCACAACCACUCCCAUUCGCUCUCUCUCUCUCUCAUCCACUCGCCGCCUCCUCUCUCUCCCCUUGCUCUCUUGCACAACCGCCACUGCCGUCACCCACUCACCGCCACCGUCCACGGCGGCACCUCUCAGUGCUUCUGCCGACCCUGCCCAGUCCCAUUUCCCUUUCCCAUUCUCGGAUCUUCCCUGCCCCAGGUUCCUGCUCCAAUUUCUGUUUCCGUUAA